AUGGAGUUACAAUUUUAUUUGUUUUUGUUCACGUUUCCAUUGCUCUUGAGAUUGUCAUCGGGCAUGCAAUGCUACCGGUGUGACCCGGAGCGAACGUACGGCAACGAGGAUAUACUGUGUGAACACUUCGACCGUAGCGAGAGAUACAUCACCAACUGCGAACAUUCCACUAUGUGCUACAAGAGGGACACGUCUCUGGAUUUGGGGAACGGGUUGAGCACAACAACGACACAACGAGGCUGCGCUUUACAAACUAUGAGCGGAGACCAAGCAAAGAUUAACGGCAAAUGGCGACCAGUCAACACCAUCUACGAUGUGUACAAUGAGGGGUGCGCUGAGGACCCCAGUGAUAUCGAACGCGCUACAACAACAGUGUACUGCUAUUGCCGCGGUGAUCUGUGCAAUAGUGCCGGAAAACAUUAUGCUAAUCUAUACGUACUCUUAACAGUAAUAAUCGGUUUAUUUAUUAGUUAA